AUGUUAGACCUUCAAACAUCGCCAUCGACACAGCUGGAAGAAGAUAAUCCACAGUCAGGAUGCAAACUGAUGGAUAGCUUUGGAAUCUUUAUUCAACUUUGCUUAGCUGCUUUUGCUUUUUCGACGUUAAUUUUCAAAAGACAGAGAGAACAACCACAGCGGCCCAUUCGAAUUUGGGCCUUAGACGUUAGUAAACAGUUUGCAGGUGGUAUAGUCGUUCAUUCGCUCAAUGUGUUUGCGGCCGUAUUCUUGGGAGUCAAACCAGAAGAAGGGAAAAGAUCCAACCCUUGUGUGUGGUAUUUCCUCAACAUAUUUGUAGAUACAACUUUAGGCAUUGGUAUUCUAUGGCUGAUCUUGAAAGGGUUUAAGUCUCUCUUUAAUCGACUACAAUGGACAGGAUUCAAAAGCGGCGUUUAUGGAGAUCCACCCUUAAAAGAGCAAUUGAAAAGAUGGGGAAAGCAACUUUUUGUCUAUAUUCUGAGUUUAUUCUUGAUGAAGAUCAUUGUCGUCUCCCUGUUUCAUCUUUGCCCCUGGAUUGAAGACUUUGGUGAUUGGGUAUUAGAGUGGACUGUUGGCAAUUAUAAAUUGCAAGUAGUCUUUGUCAUGCUAAUUUUUCCGCUAGUGAUGAACAUCAUGCAAUUCUGGGUUAUUGAUACAUUUAUCAAACAUAAAACUGACGAUAUAAAGGAUGGAGCAACCAUUAGACUCACUCGUCCAGAAGAUGAAGAUGGAGAAAUAUUACUGCAACCGCGUGACGAGUAUGAGGAUGGAGAGGAAGACGAUAGGCAUGGAAAUAGCUCGAGUGAGCCGAAUGAGCCUCCUCCACGUUACAGUGUUCAUGAUGAGGAAAAUCCACUGCAAUCUUCAUCGUCUAGUUUUAAAAAGCAGCAACAGCAACAAAUGUCAAGAAUGCAAACGAAACAUUAAAAAAAAUUGAAUACCCGUCGGCUUAUGUCAAGCAUUUUAUGUACAUACACUUCCCGACCAAUCUUCUUUUUCAGUAUACCAUCUCCUCUUACGGAAUGUACAAAAGGACCAUUGUAUAUUAAUAAAAAUCAAAUAUUAGAAAAGCCGUUCCUUCUAUUAAGAUCUUACAAUAUGAAAGAAUUGCUAAGCGACAACACUUUUUUUGAUUCGAGAAACAAACAAAA